AUGUCGUCAACACUGUCUGAAGAUGAUAUCGAGAAACUCUUCUCAGGGGCGCCUCAGUACUUUGCUCGGAGCGAGGCCCACUUCCCGGGCGCCCCCCAUCCGAGCGUGGCCUUUCCUUUCAAUGAAGAGUUGGAAAUCCGUGACCUCACAGACCAUGUCCAGAUCGAGGACAUGGCCUGGAGCGGCGUGACUGCAUGGCCUCAUCUAACCCGCGAUCUGAAUCUUGAUCCUGCUGCCCGCAAGAGUUUCGAGAGACACGCUAAAGCACAUUUCCAUGUCCGCACACGUGAGAGACCAAACAUGCUUAGCAUGCAAGGUCUUGAGAAGGGAACCAUGGGCUAUCAGGCUGCCCUAGAACUUCCGGUCGGCGACUCGCUCGAGGAGGAGCAGUUCGGGUUUGAGAGCGUCGGUACCAAGGCCAGGGCCGUUGUUGAUGCACGCAAGCGCAUGAUGUCCGCAGAAGGCCACUUGCAUCGUCUGCCCGAGGUUGAAGUCAUGGAUAGGUUAAGGCGCAACGGUGACGUGUAUCGGAAGAAUGAUAUGCGAAAAAGGCCAACCAUAGAAACCUACACGGAGCUCUUCCACUCACUUAUGCGACCGCGCGAUCCUGUCAUUGACAAAAACGAUCACUACAGUCUUAUUAAUCAGAUCAAUUCCUUGGUGAAGUGCCUUGCGACUUCGAAUGUGUGGAUUGAUUUAUCGAGGGUUGAAUGGCGCAUUCGGCUGGGCCAAAUCUUAUGGGGUCAAACGGAUGGUGAUGAGUUAGAUGAUGAUACAGAAAUUCACGAUGCUACCAACGCCGCGGAGAGGGCGGAGGAGCGAUACUGGCUACUGGUACAGGUCCUACUGUCUACAGAAUUGCUGAUCCGACUCGAUGCUAUUACCGCAGACGAAAAUUCUUACAACGCUUUCCGACCGGCUGACGGUGCUUAUUUUGAAAGACAAGCAAACACCUCAGUGAAAUGGUCUAUUCUCCUGGCUCGAAGCUGGCUGGAGAAUAUCGAGGUUGUUAAAGAAGAGGUAGUACAGAAGGGAAUAGGAAAGAAUCUACGACCUGGGAGCGGGUGGCUGGCUUCUUUGGUAAGCAAAAUGGUGCUCAAACAUAGCCAUGAUCAAGAGACCCAGAAGUCGACACACCAUUAUACGAUUCAAGGACGCCAUGGCGUACGGCAAGUUGACGGCCUGACGCACUUCGCGCGCAAAAUACAAUGGCCUGGAAUCUACUCUUACGAGUCUCGCAUCUCGGAGAACGCACAGGAUUCUGUCAGAAGUAGCUCAUCAACACUGGCGACCCCCAACACCACUGGCACAAAAUCUUCAUCUCGCUCUUCUUACUUUGGCGCAUGGGACGUAACUAGUCAUCAUCACCAUGGCCAAGGUCACCGGGUCCAGGCACAGAGACGCAAGAUGGCUGCUGCUCUCCAUGCAUCAGGAUGGCUGUCAAAAUCUUACGUUUUCGCCCUUCUUCUUCCGGGAGAGGCGCUGUCUCAUUUCUUGAUGGCAACACUGUUAGAAAACGACAGCGAGGCGCUGGAAACUCUGGGCUCAUUCGCAAACCUUUGUGGAGGAUUUGUCUACCGCGGCAAAAGUUUUUGGAGCACUCUCUGCAUUGUCGGGCGUGUUUUGGCUGCCGGACAAGGUGCUACAGAAUGCAUGGGCUGGAUUUCGACGGACGUAGUGCCGGAAGAUACAAAGGAUGGCUGGUUAAAUAUCGAGUCUGAAGAUGUCCCUGAGGAUCUCACUCGGCUUGGUAGAAAGGCCCGAAUAUGGGGGAAGAAGCGUGUGGAAAAGGAAUCGUCCAUCUUGGGUGAUGGAAAUGAAAACACGGUCCUUCCUGCUGAUUUCGUUGUUCCCCGUGAGAAUUCAUACUCAACCCCACCCCCUAGCAUUACGAUCGCCCUUCAAACCUUCAAACUCCUUCGGUCCGUGGAGAAUGUGCAUCCUUCGCCACUGAGCGAGUUGACUGGGACGCCCAUGACGGAGUCACCUAGAGCCCCGGAUCUUCCCACCCACCCAGCCAAGUUCAUUUUUCGGGUCUCCCUUGAUGGCCAAAGCCCGGAGGAAAUAGCUUUCACUCUGGCGUACGAUGUCAGCUUUGUCACAGCACACCCAUGUGCGCCUUCGAGGCGCGUGAGAAUCAUGAAAUCACCCGAGAGCCCUACAAUCCAGCAAAUAGAUGUUUCAGGUGCGAAGGAGUUUGGAAGGGCAUCACGUUCAGCACAUAGAGCUGGUCACCCACUACACAAGUAUUAUGAUUAUACUGUUGUACACUUAUCGGAACUCAUUCGAAGACGUCAGCAAUCGCUUGCAGAUCUAAUAAAUCCAGAUCCAACAAAGAAAGCCGUAUCUCGCUCUGGUGAUAAGCGGGUCCUGGUAAUCGACUGCAUCACAAAUUACGCGGACCAACCCGAGUCUCCAAUGUCCCCAGUGCUCGAACGGAUGAACUCCGGUGGCUCGACAUCUUCUCUUGCCCUGGUUGAGAGUUGGGGUAAUCUACCUGGCAGGAUGCAUCUCGAAUAUCGAAAAAGCCAAUACGGAUCAGAUAUGGAAAUCCUAGUCAGAGCCUUAUGUGCUCAAAAAGGAUGGAAUGCCCUCAUAAGUAGAAAGAAGAGGGGAUGCCUAGCAUGUGCUAUUCGAGAGGCCGGAGCUUUAGGAUGGAGAGUCAUCAUCAGGGUUUAG